CCGCGCCGCUAGCGCUGUGCAGACGGGGGCGACCUACUUCACGCCCGCUCGAUGGUGAGCGCUGCCCGCCCGCCCAGAAUAGACGGAGCACGUGCGUCCGCCGCGACAAACGUCGCCGGUCGCGUGCGGCCCCGCUUCUUUGCCGCCGACUACAACUCACUUCUGACGUGCUACGACUAGAAACAUCUCUUACCAACAAACUCCACACAAACCGCGUUGUGAUUCCUAGUGUUAAUAGUUGCAUAGUUUAAUAAGUGUUUACCGCACAGAUAUACGACUUUUUGCCUUAGAAAACACGAUGCUUAUUAUCUUUAAAUAAACGUAAUUUAUUUAUAACCUCGUCGAGUUAGAAAGUAAAUAUUUGUAUCUGCUUUCCUAUCGUAGUGGCCUUGCUUGUUAUCUCGCACCAGUGAAAGCUUACUGUCACUUUUUCUAUAGUUGUGAUCGUGUUAUCCCUGUGAAAGAAUAUUUUAAAUAAUAAAUUAUCAGAGUUGUUAAAUGUUUUUAAUAUAUAUUUAGUGAUAAGACGAAAAACAAAGAUUCGUAACGAUGUGCCUUAUCAAAUAAUAUUUUUAUUUACGAAGUAAAAAGCUGUAAUACGAGGUUUUUGAGUGCGUUUAAAUUUGUGUCAGCUUCUAAAAAUGCACUGUUACAAAUUCUUCGUCCUGCUGCCCCUACUUCUGCUACCGGAACCGGCGCCUGCUUGGAAAACUGACACGGUCAAAGAAUGGGCAAGAACGUUAGGUGACGAAUUGUGGCGAUUGAGUGAAUCAUUGACGGAAUCCGACCAAAUAAGAAUUAAAUACAAACAAAUGAAUGCGAGUGUUAAGAAAAAGGAUGGAAAACAAAUAUUGGAAUCAUCGCUAAGAUCAGUCAGUACGAUGCUCACAAGAAAAAUUAACGCUGUCAAGUGCAUUCACGCGACGGCAGAGCGUUUAGCAGCUGAGUUUAAUUACACUAUAGUAAAAGACAAAAGUUAUGAUUUCAAAUACUGUUCGGCUAAGUAUUCACAAUUUUACUUCGAAGAUGGUUCAGAGCUUGUUAGAGAUGACACAAUACCGAAGUUCGCUAAAAACAAUUCAAACUAUGAGAACGUUACCCUAGAAAAAGAUUCACAUUUUUAUGACAUUAGUGUUAAUACUAAUAAGAGCUGUGUCCAUGUACCCACAAAUAUUUUUUAUAAAGAAGAUGAUGCGCUAGGUGCAAUUCUAUGGUCGAAAGAGUUAACUGAGACUUUUAUAAAUAAUUACAAUUCCGAUCCAUCAUUAGUUUGGCAAUACUUUGGAAGCGCCCAUGGCGUGCUACGUUUCUAUCCCGGAAUGCCCUGGAACAAGAACGAAGUCGAUACGUAUGAUUGUAGAGUAAAGUCUUGGUAUAUAGAAGCAGCCACAUGUUCUAAAGACGUGAUUAUUCUUUUUGACGUCUCCGGUUCUAUGACCGGUUUUAAGAACUACGUAGCUAGAAGAACUCUUAAGUCAUUGCUGGCUACUUUGUCGAAUAACGAUUAUGUAAACGUAUUCAGAUUUAAUGCGACUACUGCAGAAGUAGUCAAGUGUUUUAAAGGCCUCGUUCAGGCGACGCCGGAGAACCUACUUACUAUCAUCAAUACUCUCGAGCCUACGGACAAUGGCAAGAAACAUAAAGUUCCGCUAGAGGGUAAUGCCAACUUGACGACUGCUUAUAUUGCAGCUUUUACGACUCUGAAACAGCGAAGACUGGAGUGUAAUGUAAGCAGUCAACAAGGCUGUAAUCAGUUAGUCAUGCUGAUCACGGAUUACGUUCCUGGUAACCUCACAGAGGUGUUCGAAGAGUACAACAGGGAGGUAGUCGGAAACAAGACUUACAUACCUGUCAGAGUGUUCACUUAUCUCAUAGGAAAGGAAGUCACGAACGUUCGGGAGAUUCAAUGGAUGGCUUGCUUGAACAGAGGUUAUUUCGUCCAUAUCCACUCUGUAGAGGAAGUACAACAGCAGGUAUUGAAGUAUAUCAAUGUCAUCGCUCGCCCUAUGAUACUGGCUGGCGAAAAUCCUCCCCCAACCUGGACUCAUGCUAACAUCGAUUAUACCAGAACUAUAAAUUGGAAUGUGAGCAGCGAUGUGAAAACGCCAGAUGAAGACAAACUGGUGACGUCAGUGGCGAUUCCGGCCUUUGACUACAAAUACAACGAUGAACAUAAUGACGCCAUUCUACUGGGGGUGGCCGGAACCGACGUCCCUAUCGAUAGUAUAGCGAAACUAGCGCAGCCACAUCAACUCGGCGUCAACGGGUAUUCAUUUAUUGUGAGCAACAACGGUUAUUUAUUACUACACCCACUGCUGAUAACAACUAUAAACAAUAAACUACAAGAAAACUACAAUAGUGUAGACUUCGUUGAAGUGGAACAAGUCGACGACGGCAAGGGACCCAGAGAAUUAGGCGACAAGAUCAAAGAUCUCAGGCAGAAUUUAGUUGAAGGGAAUCACGGGAGCAUGACUAACGUCGAAGUUCUCUUUCAUUACGACAAUAUGAGGCGGAUUUCUCGAGUACAUCACGACUAUUUUUUCAACAAAUUAGAAGGCACACCAUUUUCUAUGGGUAUUUCUUUGCCCAUGGGAUACGGAGAUACGGAGCUAAUGUUAAAGGACAAUCCAUUAGAAGCGAAACAAGGUCAAGACCUCAUUGGGGUCAAUGUCACCAGCUUCUUCAAUUUCGCCUAUAGGGUACAUCGUGAUUGGGUUUACUGCAAAUAUCAUUACUUGGAAGGUCAUGAAUCUGAAAAUGCAGAAAUUGAAAUAUUUAAAUUUCUUGUUAAAAUAUCAAAGAAUGAACUUGAUAUAACUAAAAAGCAAUAUGGUGAAGAAACGCAAGACCUCCCUUUUAACGUCGAAACACAUUGUGGUACCACACCUUUGGGAAAAGACGACUACUAUUGUAACGAAGAUUUAGUCAAACAGUUGGUGUUUGAUGCAAAACUCUCGGCUCCCUACUUCAGGACUUGGGAAGCUACUGAGGAAGAGAGGAAUUUGGCACAGAAGUACAAUGUUAGCGUGCGUUUUAUUGCUACAUCUAGUGGUCUCACUCGCUGGCAUUACAUAUUUGAAGAUACUAAGAAUGAAAGGGUGGAUGAAUUAGGACAAAGGACAAAAGAAUAUCCUGGCGAAGUAUUCGGAGACAAAUAUUCCAAAGCGAUUGAAGAAAUUUGGUACAAAGCAGCGGUUUUACAGCACAUGAUAGAUAAAGAGUCCUUGGUUAUUUCUACGAAUCUUCCAGUACUCGACGAUACGAUAAAGUCUCCACCUCGUAUAGAAAAUGAGGAUGGAGAUAUAACAGUCACAUCUAGUUAUGCUAUAUUCUAUAAAGACGGCGAAUCAGAAACGCCUGCUGCAGUUGUCGGAUUCCAGUUUAUGUAUUCGAAUUUUCAAGAAAUAUUCUUUAAUAUGACUAAAAAUAAUGACGAACUAAACUGUGAGGAGGACGGUGAUUAUAGAUGCUAUGUCAUAGACAGUUCUGGGUAUGUCGUUCUAAGUAUAGACAAGUCCGACGUGGGAAAGUUUUUUGGUGUCAUCGAAGAUUUAUCUGGAGUUCUACAGUCUCUUAUAGAUAAAAAAAUAUUUGAUCACGUUGAAGUUUUUAAUUACCAAGCUUUAUGUCUUACUUCUACACUUCAACAGACCGAUGGUGCCUUUUCUUUUGAUACGCCUUUUAAUUUACUAUCGAAUUUCGUCAAAUGGUUGUUAACUGAGGCCUUGUUAGUAAUCUUUAAUAUAUUUGUAUUAUUUACAGUAAAUGACUAUCCAGAGGUACAAACAAACGUUUAUGAGGACACAACCACAACUGAGACACCCUUUGAAGAGAACACUACAGAAUCAAAAGGAAGCGAAGACUCAACACUAUUUUCUUGCGACCAUCGUAUCGCAUUGUACAUAUUAAACCAAUCUUACUUUUUACAAUCUAUGGGCCUUUAUCCUGUAGUGAAAGAAAAUUCAGGGGAUUGUCAUCCUCCAUACUGGGCCACAUUGGUCACAAAAACUAAUUUGCUUCUGCUAGUAGUUGAGAGAGGCCCGUGGAACUUUAAACAUGACUGUAAAAAACCGCCAGAUACCAAACCAAAACCUACAAGCAAUUCUACAACAAGCAGAGACCCUUGUCACAAAUUAGAGUUAGGACAGUUGUACAGAAGGCGUCUCGAAGGGUGUUUCACUUACCACGAUAAGGAAAGAAAUAUUACGGAGUGCGGAAUUGGAAGUCUAAUGAGAGCUAAUGUUGUAUUAUAUACAAGUAUGAUUUUAUUUUUAAUUUUAGCUUCAAAGUUAUUUUCAUGAUAAAAUAAAAAUGUUUGGUACUAACGUCCUAUAGAUUUCUACCUUUCUUACUUUCACAAUAAAAUUAUUUAUCCUU